AUUAUCCAGUUAACGCCGUGUUUGCAUAUGUUGCCACAUACACAUUUUGGACUGAAAAAUCAGGAAACCAGAUAUCGGAUGCGUUAUCUUGAUCUGAUAGUGAAUCCGGAUGUUAAAAACAAAUUUGUGGUACGAUCGCGGAUGAUCAGUUUUGUCAGGCGCUAUUUUGACAACUUGGGAUUCUUGGAAAUGCUCGUUGUGGGUGGGAUUGAUCGUGUCUACGAAAUUGGACGUGUGUUCCGUAAUGAGAGUAUUGAUCAAACGCACAAUCCCGAAUUCACGUCCUGCGAGUUCUAUAUGGCCUACGCGGAUUAUGAAGAUUUGAUGAAGAUCACUGAAGACCUAUUAUCCAGCCAUCCGCAAAUCAUGUCACCGCUGGCCAAAUGGCAUCGCUCAAUACCGGGCCUAACGGAACGUUUCGAGUUGUUCGCAGCAACGAAGGAAAUCGUCAACGCUUACACCGAGUUAAAUGAUCCAAUAACUCAACGACUUCGUUUUGAGGAACAGGCCAAGGCAAAACAAGCAGGUGACGAUGAAGCACAGGUGAUUGAUGAGAGUUUUUGCACGGCACUGGAAUAUGGUUUACCGCCAACAGCUGGCUGGGGUAUGGGUAUCGAUCGACUGGCAAUGAUAUUAACAGACAGCAAUAAUAUCAAGGUAUUAAUUAAAUUCGUAUUUUUAUUCAGAUUAUUCAUCUUUUGCUGA